GGUGGGAGUUCAUGGUAAAGGCACUCUACACCGCUGGGCCUGGUUUCCAUGGAGCCAUACCCGACGAGUCAUUGCGACUGAGGCAUGCCAUUCUUCUCUCUGCUGCCAAAAUGUGCUGCUUAUUCUGACUCAGGCUAUUGUGGAGCGCACAAGUGGCUCUCUGAGGAGCAGGCUAUGGAGAAAGAAAGGGUGGGGUCAAGGUUCAAAAGAAAGGCUCCCAUCAGGACUCCCUUUCUGUUAUCAAAUUUGUUGAGACACAAAAAGAGCUACAGUCUAAUUCCCAAGAGCAUCUUGAGGGAGAGAAAAGGGGUUAUAGGACAGCAUUCUUUGUGGCGGGGCUUCAGUUCUUCCACAGCUCAGCGGACAAACUCCCAGCCUUCAAUUUACUCCACAUACGACAGCUCUACAACUCUUUGCUCCUGCGGUGACUCUGAAUUACUCUUUAAACAACCAACCUUUCUUUGGUCUGAAGAUCUCUGGACCCCGUCACCACAAUGGAGUCUGCUACAAUGGAGCUGCCGUCCUUACUGUCCAAUCAGUCAUCAGAGACCUGUGUGGCAAUGACAACGACAGCUGAGAACACUUUAUUUGGAUGCUUCUACAUCCUGGUUUUCUUCCUGGCGCUGAACGGUAACAGCUUGGCUCUCUGGAUCUUCUGUCAUCAGCGAGGCACUUCUUCUCCAGCUAACAUCUUCUUGACACACCUGGCUGUGGCAGACUUGUCAUACGUCAUUAUCCUCCCACUGAGGGCCACCUACCACCUCACUGGAGGCCACUGGCCCUUUGGUGAGGUGCCCUGCAGAGUGGUUGGCUUUUUGUUUUAUGUCAAUAUGUAUGCAAGCCUCUACUUUCUGGCCUGUGUGGCAGCGGACCGCUACCUGGCUGUGGUUCAUGCUGUGAGAUCACUAAAGGUUCGUCGUGCUCGCUAUGCCAACAUCAUCAGUUUCUCUCUCUGGGCCUUGGUUACCAUCUCCAUGGCGCCAUUGCUGGUGACCCACCAGACUGCAGAGGUGGAUGGUGUGACAGUGUGUCUGCAGCUGUACAGAGAGAAGGCUUCGCGCAAUGCACUGAUCUCACUGGCUGUUGCCUUCACCCCACCCUUCCUUGUUAUCCUGUCCUGCUACCUGCUCAUCAUUGACAGCCUACGUCAGGGGUCCAGGUUGGAGCCAGCUCUCAAGCUGAGGGCCUUGCGGACCAUCAGUCUGGUAAUACUCAUCUAUGUAGUCUGUUUCCUGCCUUACCAUAUAAGCAGGGCCACCUUCAUCUUGGGGUACAACCAUCCUGAUGUGUCCUGCCAGACACGCAGAGGCCUGAGCUUGGCUAACCGCCUCACUUCCUCCCUAACAUGUCUGAACGGUGCUAUGGACCCAUUGGUCUACGUGUUUGGGGCAAAGAAGUUCCGAGGGACACUGAUGCAAAUGUUUUGCAAAGAUAAAGCAGGAGUGUCAGGAGCCACCAGUGGAGAGUUAAAAGGAACACAUGAGAGUUCUGUGAGUGCUAAGUCUGAGUUCUGAGGUACUGAACUGAGCACAGCGAUUACUAAAUACUUUUCCAACACAACCAAAAUUGGUCUGACUGUUGACCAAUGGUUGCUUUUGCCCGACUGAAGGCCUGGGUUCAUUCCAAAAUUUGGUUGACAUGCCACAGUAGCCCUUAGCCUGAAUUGAAAGUUUGGUUCCAGUGUCCACCCCACACCCAAUUCACUGAACCAUCACAUACCUGAACUGAAAUAAUCCAUGUGGAUGAAGAAGUUCACCAGUAAAGUGUGUCACUCAUAUUUCAUAUUUAAAUUAACUGAAAUUUAAACUAAAACUUGCAAAUAGUACUUUUAGACCAAAUCAACAUAUUUCGAUGUGUAUAUUGUACCAUACUGAGACUAUUUUUUUCUUGCCAGUUCCUUCUAUGUUUUGUUUUCGUAUAAUUCUCUAAUUGUCAAUGUCACUUUGCAAGUGGUAUGGGUUAAUCUCAUGACAAAAGGUCCAAAGUUCUAGACUUCUGGAAAAUGCACAUAAAAGGUUUAGAGAGUCCCCUAAAGACUUGGAGAUGAUAGUCCUGAAUCUUCCUGAGUGAAAGUCUGUGAGUCUUUAAGGUUAGACGUUGGAACUGGGCCUGUCUUCUGAUUCUGCUUGCCACUGCUAUCAGUGUCUUCUUCUGCUAUCAUCUUCAUACCUCACCCACAAAACUGGACUGGAUUUUUGUACCAGAUAUGAGACAGAGAAAUGGAUAAAAUGCUAAAAUAUGUACAUAGUAAACUUCUAAUGUGUUUCUCCUGUUUUGUAUCCUAUACCAAAUGUGGUAAAUACUCAUUAGUUUAGCUUUAAAUAUUAUUAUUUUAUCUACAGUGUUUGUCACUCAGUCAGUCCACCAGACUUAGCCCAGACUUGGAAAUCUAAAAAACUAUCCAAUAGAUUGUCAUGAAAUUAUGUCCAUGAUAUCACCAUCAGUACUUUAGUACUAAAUACCUGCAAAAGUUAGUGUUUACUAAGAUGGUGAACAUUGUAAACAUUAUACUUGUUAAACAUGAGCAUGUUAGCAUUGUCAUUGAAUAUUAGCAUGCUGAUGUUAGCAUUUAGCUCAAAGCACCACUGUGCCUCAUUCCAGUCUUGCAGAGCUGCUAUCAUGGCUGUAGACUCUUAGUCUUGUUUUUAUACAAGGUGUUAACUUUGCUUGUGCUUGAUAAAUCUUCAUUGUACAUAUAUUCUCCAUCAUCCAGCUCCCUAACUCUCCUAUGGUAUGCAUGUUUUGCCUUUGUUAUACUGUGAUAUUACACUAUUGUAUGACAAACUAUUAAUAACUAUUUUGCUGUAGGUCAGCUUAGCUAACUAUCAUCCACAAAAAAGAAUUGUUUGAGACAAUUCACUCAAUAGCAAGAUGUGAGUUAAAACGUUGCAAUUUCAAGUUGUAAAUAAUUAAGUUGUUAUGAUUAUUACAAAAUCCCUCUGCAGAGGAAAUGUUAAGUCUGAAAAAGGCUACCACAAAAACUCUAUGGGAGCUUCACCAGCUUACUUAUAUGACAAUAACUGACCCAUGUUUCCUUCUCUAUUUCUUUCUUGUAUUAAUUAAAUCUGUGUUUCAAUGCUGUUACAUAAAAAGUGUGUGAACUCCACAUUUCAACUGUCAUGUCUUGAAAGUAAAAGUAUGAUUUCAUGCCCUCUGUGCAUGAGAUCAUGAGGUCUUUUCUUUACUGUCACUGCAUGUCUGAGACUUUGACAUGCUCUCUGUGAAAGUGGCAAACCUAUUUCAAGCGCAGGGACAGAAACCUCUGAGGCUGCAGUGACUUGACGCUGUGUAGUUCUCUUUUCAUGUCAUGUGACCCAUGUUGUGGUUUGUGAGCAGCUUAUUUUCCUCCUCAUAUUUCUGCAAGACUUCCUGUCCAUCACAUGAACAUGGCAAGCCAUUCUAAACUUGUAUUUCCUGAAUGUAUAUACUUUAGAAAACCCCUGUGCUCUCCUGAUUCAUAUUAGAUGAUUAAAGAGUGAGCAGUCA